AUGGGGAAUCAAACAGGGGUCUUGGAUUUUCUCCUGUUGGGUCUAUCUGACCAACCAGAGCAGCAGCAACUCCUCUUCAGACUGUUUCUGGGCAUGUACUUCCUUGGGACACUGGGGAACCUGCUCACCAUACUGGCAAUCUCUUUUGAUUCCCAUCUCUACACCCCUAUGUACUUCUUCCUCAACAACCUAUCUUUCCUUGAUCUCUGUUUUGCCUCCACCACAGUUCCCAAGAUGUUGAUAAAUUAUCUGUUAGAGAGUAAUGUCAUCUCCUAUGCAGAAUGCCUGGCUCAAAUGUAUUUCUAUAUUGCCUUUGGUACUUCAGACAGCAUCCUUCUCUCAGCCAUGGCCUAUGACCGCUAUCUGGCUGUCUGUCACCCUUUACACUAUGGCAUAGUCAUAACACCACACCUUUAUGCCCUGUUGGUGACUGCGCCUUGGGUUUCUACUCAUCUCAUUGCAAUGGUUCUUAGCAUAUUUAUAGACCAUCUAUCCUUCUGUACAAACAAUAAAAUCCCUCACUUCUUGUGUGAUGUAAAUGUCUUGAUAAAACACUCAUGUUCUGACACACACAUUAAUGAAAUGUUAGUUCUUCUUUUAGGGGGGCCAGUAGUUUCAAUUUGCUUAAUAUGCAUUGUAGUCUCUUACACUCCUAUUGCUUCUGCUGUGUGGAAUGUCCCACCAGCUCGUGGAAAAUGGAAGACCUUUUCUACCUGUGGGUCCCACCUCUCUGUGGUCACUCUUUUUUAUGGAACUGUCACUGGUGUGUAUUUCAAUACCACAUCCACCUACACAAGCCAGAAAGACAUGAUAGCAACUGUGAUGUAUACAGAGGUCACCCCUACACUGAACCCUUUCAUCUACAGCCUCUGGAACAAUAACUUGAAAGGAGCCGUAGGGAAGCUUCUUGGCUUGAAACAUUUCUCCAAGAGACAAUUACAAUAUUUUUUGCCCUAUUUCAACAUAGAUGCAUAUUUCAUGGAGAAAAUGAAUGAUUGA